AUGGGAGGUCAUUUCAGUUUUACGAUGGAUAGUGUCAUGUUUGGACUACAUGAUCUCCAAGGAUGGGAUUUCAAUGGACCAGUCCAAGGUGGAGGCAAUAACGCAAUGGCCACUACCUACAUACUGUUUGAGGAGAAGCUCUCUCGAUGCCAUGCAGAUUCUAGCCUUCGAUUUCAGAUUUUUCGAGAAUUGGAUAAUGAAGGGUAUGUGGGCUGGGAUACGACUCUGAAGUUAGUUGUAGACUCUUACUUUUGGCCUACCAUGAAGAGGGAAGUAUAUAGCCCUUUCCAGAUCAUGUAUGGAUAUGGUGUUAACCCAAAAUCACCACUUGAUCUAAUUCCAAUCCCUGAUUUGGAGAGAGUCCAUGGCAAAGUUGAAGAUUUCAUUCAACAACUGAAGGAGGUGCACUAG